AUGGAGCUGGCCGCCAGCUGCCAUAAGCUAAGCAGCUUGGUGGAUUCCCACCACAAAACGAAAAAAGAAAAAUCUGGGAAAAGCUCUUCUGUUUUGAAAGACAAAGAGCCACAAAUUAAAAAGGAAGCAAAACCAGCACCGUCUGACAAAGGUCAAAUACGCAAACACGAUGAUCCCAAACUGGAGCAAGUUACUCCUCCUCAUGGUAAACCAGAACAAAAAGUUCUCAAGCAGGUAAAAGCUAUCACAGCGGAAAAGACAGAAAAAGCUGAUCCUCGAGAUAAAGAGCCUCAGUCUAUUAAAACAGAAAAACCUAAGCCAUCUUCAAAAGGAACAUCAGAAGUCACAGACUCAGGGAAGAAGAAAACUGAAAAAUCUGAAAAGCAAAAUAAAGUUCCAACAAGACAAGAAAAUCUUCAUGUGCACAAUGUGACUAAAGCAGAAAAAUCUGCAAAAAUACCAAAAGAUUCCAAAGACACAUCAGCUUCAAAGAAAGACAAAGAAGAUUCCAAAGACGUACCAGCUUCAAAGAAAGACAAAGAAGUAACUGAUGAUGUAUCUUCCCCAAAGAAGCAAAAAAAUCCAAUCAGUUUCUUUCAAUGUGUCUACUUGGAUGGAUACAAUGGCUAUGGAUUUCAGUUUCCUGUCACUCCUGCCCAACGCCAUGGAGAGAACUCUGGGAAACCCAACUCUCCAGGACAGAAACAGCAAGGACAAUAGACACCCGUGCAUGACCCUGACAACUGCAUUAAGGGGGUGAAAACUGAAUCUUCUCUUUAGUCCACAGUGGCACAGGCAAUUGAAACUAUCUAGUGCUGAGAUUUCAUUGUAAACAUUCUACCUUUCUGCCUGGCAUAGAGAGAUGGCGUGGACAAAGGGGUUGACUAAUAAGCAAAUGUGUUGGAGGGUCUAAUGCUUAAAAAUCUUCAUGUGUGUCUGCUGCUGUGGGAGGGGUACUUACAUUUAGCUGUUUCUAGUUAUUGUAUGGUUCUAUACUCAUUAAAGUUUAUUUUGUAUUGGUCUUCUAGAUAUAAUUGGGUAAUUGGCCCAUUACAAAAUGAAAUUUCUGGCUUCAGGUAGAUAGUUUUUAAAGUGGUAACAGACUGUGUUCUAGGUGUAAAUGGUAGAGGAGCAUGUAUAAAAGUUGCUCUUCUGAAUCAUUUAAGUAAACUCAGUUUACCCAAGGACCUAUGUGCAUCAUUAUAUUCGUGUCUGUUUCUAGUUCAGUUGUGGCAAGGUUCUACAAUAGGUAUGACUUACACCAGAGUGUUGUAAGUCCCUUGUCGCAUUCUUGAAACUCAAAGUAUCAGACAGACAGGACAUGACAAGGAACAAAUGCUUGACAAAUCUUAUUUUGGGGGUUUGUCUUGAGCUACAAUUUAGACAUUCUUUCCUGUGGACAUGUACUUGUAGUAAAGCAUGUCUAGCAAAUCAUUCGUUUAAUAUGGGAAUGAGGAGAUGUGAAAUUAUCAUGUCUCCAGAUUAUGUCCCAGUGAAAACAUCACCUGGGUGAAGGUUUAGAUAAAUCAAUAAUCGUGCGUGACCAAGGCAAACAUAAUUUUAUUUCUCAAUACAUUCUUUCUAUAAAAUUAAAUGUUUUCCUUUUCAACUGAAAACAAUACAAAUGCUGUAAAAGUUCAAGUGAGACAUUUUGGUCCUAGAUAUGUUCAUGAAGUGUCUUACUUUCUUUCGACUAAUUGGACAUUAAUGCCAGUUAAAUUAAUGGCAAUUUUUAACUUACUCAUCUAUGUCUAUCACUAUAAAUAACCUUUGAGAGUGUUCAUCUUCCUGGUGAUACAAACACUCAGUUUUAAUGAACUUUUCUUAUCAACUUUAGAAAAUGUGUCUGUAAUUUUUCAGCACAUUUCCAGUUGCAGCUGAACUUAUGACAAAUUAGCUCAGGAAAUGACUUACCAUUUCUGGCACUAUCAUCAACUCAGCAUUGACUGAGCUACUCAGUGAAUGGCCUAGCCAUGUGAUUGGUUUUCAAACAAUGCAACCAACUACGGUUCUUGAGAUCCAAAAUACAGGUCAGUUUUAUCAAUCUCUGGGUAAGGUGUGGAUUAUAUAUUCAGCAUUAAUGUUGGAACAUCAGUAACUUUUAUAAGAAAGUUAGUUUUAACCAGAUGCUGACAGACUUAAUUCACACCACAAAGGCCAACACUACAAUGAACUGGAUUCAUGGAACCAUUUGGAGGGGAAGGGAAACCUAGAAAUACAUCAUUUCACAUCUGAGCAGAUGGUACUAUCUUGCAAAGCCCCUUCAUUCAGCAAUUCAAACUUACAAGGAGGACAGUGGAUAAAGUGUUUCCCUUAGGUGCGGUUUCAUCCAUGCAAUUUCCUGAAUAAAGGAAGAGAGAGCAAAUGUGAUAAUUGUUUUAAAAUUCACAUAACAGGAUGGUUUAUCCACUAUGUUAUCCUUCAGUGACUGUGUACCAAGUGCUUAGUCUUUCUUCUCUGGGUCAGGUACUAUACUGUGUAACAAAAUACAGCAAUAGAUUUUACUUAGUGCUAUUCUGGCACAGUAGAUGACACUGGAAAAUUCACUAAAAGGACUGAAUCUGUAUCUCCAUGUGUAAAGGAGAACCAUCAAAACAAACAGCUCAAUGCUUCACAGAUUUACUGUGGAGACAGAUAGUGUCUUAAUAUGGAUAUGUUUGAAAACAUUUUCUGAAAUUUUGUUUUUGGAGAUGACACUAAUUUUAUCUCCAUGGACUUUUAAAUAUCAUCGUCUAUUUUCUUUAUGAAACAAAUUGAUAAAAAUUAACAGAUGUUAUUUAAAUGUAAUUGUAGAUUUAGAGAAACCAAUUGUGGUGCAAUUAAGAUUAACAAUAAUUGUUAAAGUUUGUCUAAAAUUUCAAUGAUGGUUAUAAUUUGAAAAUAUCAUCUCAACUAUCAUCUGUUUGUAUCUUUACAUCAAUAAAAUAUUUCUGGCCUUUUUGA